AUGAAAAUGAAAUAUAAUCAGAUAAAUUUAUUUGUUGCUCUUACCUUGUCUAUUACUACUACUCAAACAUUUAUUUUAUUAGCCAUUUCUGCCGACCCUGAUAAUACUCAACCCGAUUAUUCUGCGUCAUGUUCCGAAGCGCUUUAUAAACUUUAUUAUGCCGAUUUCGAAUUGAAUAAUUGUUUCCCUAUUCUUAAUGUUAGUGAAGCUCUUCAAUCAAAUAAUACCGACCCAGAAUUUUAUAGACCUACUUUAGAUAACCUUUGUAAAUAUACCAAAUGUACAGAAAAAGUAAUUACUGAAAGAAGAAAAACAUUUCAAUCAGCUUGUCAAGAAGAUAUACAAAAAAAAAAAUCAAACAUUAUUAGUAUAGAAAAUUUAUUACUUCUUUAUUCACCAUCAUAUGAUUCCUCUUGUUUCAAGAAUUCCACAAAUGGUUAUUGUCUUUUAGAACUUUGGUAUAGUGAAAUUAAAUAUAAUACAACAAGAAGUUCACCAGGAUUUAAUCCUCAAGAUGGAAUUACUCCAAUGACUUCCUUACCUAAAGACAGUUUAUGUACAGAUUGUAAUAGAAAGAUAACUAAUGCUUUCAUAAAAUAUCUAAAUGAAAAUCCAGAAAUUGAUGCAAAUUUAACAGCAUGGGAUCCACAAGAAUUAAACAAGACUUUGACUAGUAAAUGUGACGAUACAUUUAUCGAUAAACAAACUACUACGAGUACUCCUUCCAGCACUGGUUCGAAUAUUGAUGAUCUUGCUAAUCCCUUAUUCCGAGGGGUUAGUGAGAAAGGAUGCACAGUCUGA